AUGGCACUGAGCAGCACAGAGCUCUUUCGUGUCAAGGACAUCGCAAAAGCACGAAGGGAUGACAAUGAUGUCUCCGACGCCUUCUCGGACGUGAGCGCUUGCUCCGACACCGACCAGUACCGAGUGAACGAGCGCCCACGCUACGGUCCGGAAUGGGAGGCGCAGAAGGCAGCAUUCAAGGAGAAGAAGAGGCAACAGAAAGCACGUGAAGAGGAAGAGAGGCAGAGGCAGAUUCGUGAGGCCAUUCGCUUGCGCGAGGAGGAGCAGAAGCGCCGCCUGGAAGCUGGCGAGGUGGAUACAGAAUCUGACACGGGCCUGGAUGACAUCAGCAGCGACGAGGAAGAAGUCGUUCAGCCGCCGCCGAACGCAUCGCGCAAGCUCUUUAAGAAGAGCUACAGCAAGGACUCCAACGAAUCAAUAUCCACAACGGCAGACGACGUGCCAGAUUCGACGGUCCUGGCUCAUGGAUCCGCUUUGGCGGCGGUGAGGUGCCUGAAGAUGGCGUAA